CGCACAUGAGACAAACCAACGUGGCUUUUACUUUUGACAAGAAAGUAUUUCACCUAUUAAAUGUAAUUACAUGUUUAUUAGAUAAAAACAUUUGCAUGCAAACAACGACACCGACGGGACAAGCUGUUUGACUGGUGAAUCGGUGACUGUCCUGACAGAAACAUGUUUAAUGAGGAUGAAGACUGGAGCGACGAACAAGACGCUCAAACCCAGAGUAAGACUGUCUUCAAAAACACCCAGACGGCCAACAACACAAAUGUCAAGGUUGUUGGUAAGAAGAGCCUCCUGCGGACCCUGCAGACACUGGGAUCAGUACCAGAGUGGAAGAGCGAUGAGCACCAGCAGGACAGUGACAGUGAGAGCGAGACAGAAGCAGCUCCGUCACAUGCCAAGAAAAAGAAGAAGAGAAGGAAGAGGAGAAAACAUGCAGAGACAUCAGAGGAGCAGCAAGAGAACGGGGACUUAGAUCAGAGUGUAAUGGCGGAAAAACCUGUAGCAAAAAAGAGAAACAAGGACAACAAAUCUGGCGCCCCGAAGGUAAAAACACCUGCAGGUGAAACAAAUGCUCAAGGAAUGACAAAUUCUGCAAAGAUGAACAUGAAUAAACCAACGAACACAGAGGGACUGACCAGACAGCAGUGGAAAAACAAAAUGAAGAACAAGAGGAAAUGUAAAAAUAAAUACAGCCAGAAUAAACCUGAGGAGGAAGAGAAUAAAGCAGAAUCUGCAGAUGAACACAAGCCAAAGGAAGAGGUAAACACAGAUUCACAUAGCAACAACAACAGCGGAGCAAUUUCUCAGAAGGCAGCCCAGAAAAAGAAAAUGGAGAAAGAACAUAAACCACAGAAAAGGAAAGAGACUGAAGAGGGCACUGGUGUAUCCUGUGUAUCAGAAAUACAAACACUGAAAGAGGAAAAGAAGCAGAUGCUAAAAGACAAAAAAACAAACGGUGGUAAAGUCGAAAAAGGCGCCGAACCUUCUGCUGAUGGAUGUGAAGCUCAAGCAGACAUCACAGAUGAUCAGCAGCAGUUACCCAUGAAAAGACUGAAACCCGAGCUGAGCAAAGAGCAGAGUCUGAAGAGAGAGAAGCUGCGGAGAAUGCUCCACAGCCAGAGAACAGAGCAACAGGAGCGUCCUGCCGAGCACAAGGACGAACCCCCACCAGCACCAGAGGAAGAGGUGAAACCGGACCGCUCGGCCUCCCUCAGGUCCCGCAUGGAGCAGCGUUUGGAGUCGGCGCGUUUCCGCUACAUCAAUGAGGUUUUGUACAGCACGUCCAGCGGCGAGGCCAAGCGCAUGUUCAAGCAGGAUCCACAGGCCUUCUGGGUCUACCACAAAGGAUACACUGCACAGGUUCAGAGGUGGCCCACCAAUCCAGUGGACGCCAUCAUCUCUUACAUUCAGAAAAAACCGUCCUCUCUAGUGGUUGCAGACUUUGGCUGUGGUGACUGUAAAAUAGCACGCAGUGUAAAGAACAAGGUGCACAGCUUCGACCUGGCGGCUGCCUGUGAGCUGGUUACCGUCUGUGACAUGGCCAACGUCCCGCUUCGCGACCGCUCUGUGGACAUCGCCGUCUUCUGCCUUUCACUCAUGGGGACCAACCUGGCAGAUUUCUUAGCAGAGGCCAAUCGAGUCUUAAAGAUGAGCGGUGUCCUUAAAAUAGCAGAAGUGGCAAGUAGAUUCGACAACGUGCGGAACUUCAUCACUGCGCUGGCAAGUCUAGGAUUCAAAAUGGUUUCCAAGGAUACAGAGAAUACUCAUUUCUACUCCUUUGACUUUAUGAAGACGGGAGAUGCUCCGGAAAAUGUUAAGAAAUUUGGACUUGAGUUGAAGCCUUGUGUGUACAAGAAAAGAUGAGGGAGUUAGAGAACUACAUAAAAGUGUGAAUCAUUUUUCACACAUAUUUUUUUCUGUUGAUCAGUUUAUCAAUGGACUCUAUUAUUUUUUAAAGCAGCACAAGGUUGUGCACUUUUAUUUAAAUGUAUCAUAGACCUUUGAUACAUGUUUGUUCAUAGAUUUCAAUAUAGUUGAAUUAUGCGCAGCAUAUGUACAUAAUUUCUUUUUUUUCAAUACAGUUUUUACAAUUGAAUUUGAUUAUGUGCCAUCAGUAUCUAGGUGCAUGUAGGUUCGCUUUUUUAAGCAGACACCACUGAGGUUAGUGGUUGGUUCUAAUCAGAGAAAGAACUCGCCCUAAAAGUUAAAAGUUAUAAGUUAAAGGUGAAAUCUACAUACAUGGCACACUGGGUAUGCCCUGCUAACUUUUCAUAAGAGGGCAAGUCAUGUACAGGUUAAGAUUGUUGUAUGGAAGAAAACCCUGACAAGUCUUUAUAAAUAUGUGAUGUUAUUGAUGCAAAAUACAAAGUUUGCAAAAUGA